AUGCAGUCUGACGACGUCAUCUGGACCAUCAUCGGGCACCAAUUCUGUUCGUACAAGAUCAAGUCCAAGACGCACUCGACCUUUUGUCGGAACGAGUACAACCUCACUGGUCUCUGCAACCGUCAAUCGUGUCCUCUGGCCAACUCGCGGUAUGCCACUGUUCGUGAACGGGAGGGGAUCGUCUAUCUCUAUGUGAAAACGGCCGAACGGGCGCAUUCGCCACGCCGACAAUGGGAGAGGAUCAAGCUGUCCAACAACUACAGCAAAGCGCUGGAGCAGAUUGAUAAGGAACUCGUCUACUGGCCCAACUUUAUCACGCACAAAGCCAAGCAGCGACUCACAAAGAUCACGCAGUACCUCAUCAAGCUUCGUCGCAUCCGACUCAAAGAGGAGGAACAGCCGAGUUUGGUGAGCAUCAAGAAAAAGACGGAGCGUCGAGAGGCGACGAGGGAGAUGAAAGCCAUGAAAGCCGCUCGAUUGGAAAAGUCGAUCGAGAAGGAAUUGUUGGAGAGGUUGAAGAGUGGUGCGUAUGGCGAUGCACCGUUGAACGUCAACGAGGAGGUUUGGGCCCAAGUGCUCGAGUCGAGGAACCGCGAACAGGAGUUGGAGUUGGAAGACGAAGAGUCUGAAGAAGAGGACGAGGAGGAUCUGGAAGAGAUGGAUCGGAUGAUGGAGGAGGAGUUUGAAGAGGAGGAGGGGGUGGGCGAGAGGGAGUUUGUCAGUGAUGAUGAUGAGGAGAGUGAGGAUGAUUUGGAGGAUUUGGAGUUGUAUGACAGCGAUGGCAACACUAUUGCGGAUGAUAGCGAUGCGGAUGACAGCGAUGACGAGGAGGAUGGGGAACCUGCGGCGAAGGGCGGAAAGAGGAAGGCAGGCCCAGCGGCAAAGAAACCAGCUCGCAAGGGUGGCAAGAAGGGCCCCCAGAUCGAGAUCGAGUACGAGGAGGAGACCGAACCCAUGACAAAGGAGGCCUUGGCCAACUGGUGA